AUGGCAGCGGCGCUCCAAACCCCCAGGGCACUCUGCUCCCCGGAUUCUCGCAUUUCUAUAACCAACUAUUGCACUGUCCUUGAUAUUUUCCAACUCCAUCUAUAUGAUAUAUGGCCGAUCGUUGACGCAGAAGAUCUCAAAUCACAACUGUGCGGUGACGGAAAGAUCGAUCCCAGUUCUCACGCACUGGCAGCAGCCUUAUGUGCUGCAACGUUGGCACAAACGCGGCUCCAGCUUACACAAGAUCCAUGUCCCGAAGGUCUUGCGGUGACAGUCCACGAAUUUGCAAAGGAAUGUCUCCGAGUUCGAUUAGAACACAGCUACAACCAAGCACCAUCACUCCAAGCUCUUGUGACAUCAAUUUUUCUUCACAUGUACUAUGCCAACCAGGACCAGGUCACACCAGCUACCAUAUCGCUUCGUGAGGCAAUCACCUAUGCCGAUCUGAUGCACCUGUGUCGCCAUGUACCGCCCGAUGCAACACAAUCGAAGCAAUGGCAAUUGGAACUACGGUGUUAUUGGAUCUUAUUCAUCACGGAGAGAACCUUCUGCAUCCAGCAUGAUCUGCCGAUUACCCUCUAUAGGACACCCAACCUUCCCGAAGUUGAGCAUAACAGUCCCAAGGGAGAUCUGUAUGCUGGCUUUUGCACACUCGUCCAGCUGUUCCAUCACAUCCAGCACCCUCUAGCUCUCCCAGCGACUACUAGCAAAGCUAUCGAAGCACCGGAGAUAUACACCAAGAACAAAAUAUCAGAUAUUCAACGUCGCAUUGGGGUCAAAUUGCCUGGACUUGAGCUUAAAUCCGAGAUUCAAUAUGUGGAUAUUCUAACUACUUCGGCAUGGAUCCGCUCUCUACUAUGGCAAUACUCUGCCUCGCACUUCAUGCUCUCGUCAGCGACAUCGAUUGAGCCCUUGUCGUUUGACUAUCCACUCUCGAUUGCUAGGGACUAUUUGGCAUCUAUCUCCCAUGUGUCAAUUGAGUCAGUGCGUAGCCAUGGAUAUGGAAUGGAGAUCAAGCUUCUACAGGUCGCAAAUCCUAUUUUGGACUUGUUGCUUUGUAUGCCAAACCUCCUUACUUACAAGGCAUGUCCCUUCGGUCCACUAGAUGCUGUUAUUGCCAUCGAGCAACUGCUUUUGAAGGUUGGCGGAUCAAAAUCGGAAAGGUUAGGUCAGUUACAUCAGCGGUUGAGACAAGUACCCUCUAUGGUUAAUAUGCCAUUGAUGUUAGAGUCCCCUAAGCAAGAGGAUGAGCUGGAUGACACCCUUGCAGUAUCGAAGUAA